GACUGGAACAUUCUAACUCAUGAUGACACAGUGAAUCUGCAGCCAGACACUGAACGAACGUCGUAACUCCAUUUAUAACCUACUGACAAUCGUAUAAACGCACAUAUAAGCGCGGAUCGUCUUCUGUACUCAGGCUUUAGUACGUAGUGUUCAGCGCUCGGAGUUUAACGCUUCUUCUGACAGACGUCAGUACAGACUGAGGCAUGAUGGUCAAACGGUGUUACGCUGCAGGUGUCUGCUGGACUCUUCUGAUGGGGUUUGUGUUUGCGGCUCAUGCUGUGUCGUUCGAGGUGACUGAUGGAAAUUCCACCUGCAUUAAAGCUGAACUCAGCGCCAACUUCAGCAUCUCCUACAACACCACCAAUGGAACGAGUGUGGUGAGGUUUGCGCUACCGUCCUCCGCAGCAGUGGGAAGCAGCAGUUCCUGCGGAGCCGGUGAUGUUCCUCCAGAGCUGGUGGUGUCGUUCGGUGCAGGUCACGCUCUGGCUCUUGUGUUCUCCAGCGACGGAUCGCUGUACCGGGUCGCCAACAUGAGCCUGCAGUACAAUCUCAGUGACACCGCCACCUUUCCACAAUCCUCCAGCUCAAGAAUUGUGUCGGUGAUGACAAACGUGUCGGAGAUCUCUGCGAGGAUGAACAGCACUUACAGGUGUCAGAGCUCCACGUCAGUCAGUCUGAGCAACGAGGUCAACAUCACCUUCUCAGGAGUUCGCAUGGAGGCGUACAUGAACGGAGCAAACCUCAGCACAAAUGAGAGUGUUUGCAGUGCUGAUCAGACGGUUACGACCGCUGCCCCGACUACAUCACCCAGAACCACCGUUGCUCCACCACCUGUCCCACUGCCGGCACCGGAGCGUGGAAACUACACCAUCACCAAUGGGAAUGGCACUGCAUGUCUGUUGGCGCUCAUGGGGCUGCAGCUCAACAUUACGCACCACUCAAAGUCUCUGAACAAGACCAUCAGUGAGGUCAUGAACCUACAGCCCAACAGAACCACAGCCUCGGGGUCAUGUGGGUUCCCCAGGACCACAGUGGUGCUGUCUGAGGAUCUCACCAACCUCACCUUCACCUUCACACUGAACUUGACCACACAGAAGUUUUAUCUGAGCGCUGUGAAUGUCUCGGCCUUCUGGCUUGACAUGACAGAAAGGUUUGUGGAGGGAAAUGGCUCUCUGAACUUCCUGCAGUGCAGCGUGGGCCGCUCGUACAUGUGCAGUGCGGAGCAGAAGCUUGCCGUGGUGCCCACCUUCUCCAUCAACACCUUCAGACUGCAACUGCAGCCUUUCAACGUCACUGCAAACAGCUUUGCUGCAGCGGAGGAUUGUCGUAUAGAUCAGGAGAACAUGCUCAUCCCCAUCAUCGUGGGAGCCUCUCUGGCCGGCCUGGUGCUGAUCAUCCUCAUCGCGUAUCUGAUCGGCAGGAAGCGGACACACGCCGGAUACCAGACCAUCUGAUAGUCUUUAUCAUCAUCAUUCUCAGUCUUCACUGUGGUCAACUGCAGCUGGACACACUGGAGUGAGAGUGAGUGUUUGCUGUAAGGUCAGAGGUCAGCUGCAGCGGUCACUCGUAUGUGUGUGUUUCGGUGAGGUGAGGUCAGCUGCAGAAGCGUUAAGUGUGUGUGUGUGUGGUCUGUUAUGAAUGAUUGAAUGUGUUUGUGUGAAUGAUGAUUGCUUGAGUUCAGACGUUCAGCACAAACUGAACAAACCAGUUACUCUGACAAACCUUCACUCAUGGACAUCCUCAUCAAAGUCCGCAAAAAUAAUGUUUUAAUUGUAUGUUCUUUAUUAUGUUCCUUUUGUUCUAAACAUGCUAAAUGUUUUCUUUGUGUAUGUAGUCAUUUUAAUUGGCUUUAAAUAAUAUAAUUUUUUGACUACAGCUCAUUUUCAUAAGUGUGUGAGUGUGUGUUCAGCAAUUAAAAUAUGAUUGGCUCAGUAUAAAAACCAUUACAGUGUGUGUGCGUGUGUCUGAUGCUGGCAUAAAAUAACACCUGAUAUGAAUAAUAGAUGUUUGUUCUUGUUGUUUCUCGAAACAUGAAACCUGAAAAGAACCGCUGGUGAAUUACCCAUGAUCCUUCACACGAGCACAUGAUCAGCAGGUGUAAGGGGCCAUUCACACAGAAAGUGUUAGUGCUGAAAGACACGAAACGCUGCAAAAAGCCUUUUAUAAAGUUGAGCACUGCAAAUUGGAAAACGGUGUUUCAUGUACGUGACGCUGAAAAAAACGGUCAAGCACAAAACAAUGGAAAGGCAGCGCAGUAGAAUGAAAACAUGUUCUGUGUGAAUCAACCCUAAAAACUCACUCGACUGAUGAUGAUGGUUUAAUUAAUUGUUUGAGUGAAAAGGGAAUCAUGAUGGUCUGGAAGGAUGGAUGAAUGAAUGAACAAAUGUUAUUUUGUGCUUUUCGAAGACAUUUAAAGGGCGUGCCGUAAUCAUCAGCUUCCUGACAAGAUUAUUAUGAUGAUAGUUCAUCUGUAGAACAGCAUGUUUAAGUAAAUAUCAUGAUGAUUAUGAAGCACACUGGUCAUGUUUCAUGGGUUUGACUUCGCUGAAGUUUCUUUAUCCUGGUGAUUUGAUUGGUCACAAGACUCCAGCGCCGUUUGCUUCGGUCACUGACGCUCACUAAUCAGGUUCACUGGUUUCUUCGGCAAUGCUGUUAUUUUUGUAAUUAAUGUUUGUUUAAUUUUAUGCAUCAGGUUUUGAGGUUAAUAAAUAAAUAAUGACUUGC